UGGAAACCCGCCUCCUUGUCUGAAGCCUCACCUUUCUCGUUUCACCAACUCAGCCUGAUACUCAGGCCAGCUGCUCGCCCGUGCGCUCCCUCCUUCCUUCGCCAUGCCGGGUCCUGAGGCGCUACUUGCGCUGUUGAUCUCGCCCGUUGUUCUGCUUGCUUUGGCCCUUGUUCUCUCGGGCCCUUGGAGGCUCUUAGAUUCCCAGCCGCCUCUGGAUCUGAUGAGGGAACUGGAGCAGCGGCAGCAAGACCUGAGUCGCCUGGUAGCCUCUGUCCAAGCGCGCGCUUCUCGAUCCAUCGCAAGGCGCGCAGGGGUCGCAGAGCCUUUGGGUUGCGCGCAACUGAACGGCCUAAGCGACGUGGGCGUGGUAGGUGCUGGCAUUACGAAGCUGGUGCUGAGAACAGUUUUGUCGCCCAGUGGCGAGGAAAUCGCCCUGAAAUCCGUGCACUGGACAGGCAGCGACGUGACUCGCUGUGUUCAACGCUACGGCCACGCGGAAGGUUGUUUCCAGCUCGCUGCUUACAAGCUAUUGAAGGAGACGAUUCUGCUCCAGACUCUGGAUCAUGAAGGGAUCAUCAAGCUGCAUGGUCAAUGCUAUAAUAAUAGCCUGUAUCCUGAAAUGAAAGUGGUUUCCAUGCUGGAGCUUGGAACCCCUUUGGAGAUGAUUCAGCUUCUGCAGAUUCCCUGGGAAGAGAGAUUUAAAAUUUGUCUGAAUCUGGUAGAACUACUCUAUUACUUGGCAAAUUCUCCUCUGGGUUCCAUUGCUCUUCUAGAUUUCCAACCAAGGCAAUUUGUUAUGGUGAAUGGGCUCCUGAAAGUUACAGACCUGGAUGAUGUGAGCACUGAGGAGCUGUCUUGCAAAAGGGAUCAAGAUUGCAUUCUCAAAUUCCCCACAAAAACCUUCUUUCUCAAAUGUGCCAGCCAUAGGAACUGUAAAGGAAUAAAUGAGAAACGGAAUCUUUUCAAUGCAUACCGGUAUUUCUUCACUUAUCUCUUACCUCAUACUGCACCCAUUGCUUUGCAACCAAUUUUGAAGGACAUCUUGAAUGCUACAGGCGAUUUACGAUAUGGAACAAAUGAAACUUUACGAGCUUUCCAAAAGGUUUUACAUUUGUACAAGUCAGGACUUUAUCUGCAGAAAAAGCUUUCUCACUUAAAAGAAUAUUUUGUUGUAAAGGGAUUCCACAGUACGAAUACAGAGGACUAUAAGUGUUGGCCUUCAUAUAGCCCUUUGAGAUGCAUGUUGUCUGUUCAUAACGUAGAAGAAGCUGCUUCCAUUUGCAGUUAUCAUCCACAGUGCCAAUAUUUUAUCAUCACUCCACAGAGAACAUGGACAGGGCGUCCUCUUGCUAUUUUUCAAAGCAAUUUGACCUACUUAAUUCCAGGUAGCACCAUGAAGGUUUAUGUUAAACGAUCUGCGUCUUCAAGUGGAAGCCUUUGAUUGAGAUGCUAGAGAAAACUUGGCAUUGUUACUGGGACUAAUGCUUUCAACACCAAUGGAUUACAUUAUUUCUGCUGUGAAGCAAUUAUCAACACUAGUUUUAUGUGAACAAAUAUUUCAAUAAUCAAAGCUCUUUAUUCAAGAAUUAUCCAACACAGGGGCAUUUUGUAAACUGUUUCAUACUUAACAACUAUGCAAGUCUCAAUUUCAGCCACCAUUGGGAUUGGAUGAAUUGGCUUUAUAUACAUAUAAUCGUGUUUCUAAUUUUUUAUGUUUUAAAAAAGAAAACACACAUAAAUGCAUUUAUUUUUUUUAUGGAAUUGUCCUUCAGGGACACAUUAUAUAAGCUUUCUUUAAUAUAUGCUUUUUUAUAUACACAAUUUCACUGAAUUUAGACAUUGUACACUAUUUUAUAACUAAGCAAUGUGCAAUUGACAAGAAACCCAAUUUAUCUGUGUAUUAUAAUUUAUUAAAUGUACGCCACCCACCUCCCAAUGACUCUGGGCAGCCUGUUAGUCUAGGAAGUACAAAUUAAUAUCGUUAUACACUUGAUAUUCUUUCUUUAGAGUUUGGGAAAGAUAUUUGUUUCUGGACUUACUGUGUUUUUUAAUAUUUAUUUUUUCUUCCAUUCAAUUGUGUCCAACUCUCAGAGACUCGCUGGACAAGUCCCUACUGUUUUCUUGGCAAAUUUUUACAGAAGUUGCCUUCUGUAAAAAGGUUUGUCACUGCCUCCUUCCUAGGGCUGAGAGAAUGACUGGCCCAGGGUAAUCCAGCUGGUUGUGUGCCUUAGUCAGGAAUAGAACUCAGUCUCCUAGUUCCUAGCCUGAUGCCUUAACCAUUAUAUCAAGCUGGCUGUUUUUUGUAAUAUUUAAGUUUAUGUAGAUAUGGUUGAGCAAGUACAAAUGCACACAGUCGACAGAAGGAUUUACCAGUAGAUCUAUUUAUCAUUUUCAGCAACCUUAUUCUGGUACUCUAGAACAGGUCCAUGUUUUAAUGUGUCAUUCUAAUUGCACCCGUUUCCUUGUGUAUAAGGAACCUCCUGACAGACUUUUAACAUAUCUGUAAACCAGAAAUCUUUUUUUCUUUACAUUUUAACAACACUCAGCAAAUUCCUUUGCCCUCCCGCCCCCCCCAUCUUUACAUCCUGCCAAAAGCCAAAUUAAAGUUUGAAUUUUGCUCAGCCUCUUUUAUUUCCUUUCUGUCUCACAGGCAUGUUUAUCUAAUUUAAACUGCCCUUGAGGAGAGAAAGUUAAACCUUUCAUUAAAACUGCUGAUGACACCUUUGAAGGAUAAAUAUUUCCAAAUCACUGUUUUCAUUUACCCCGAUUUCCCUAACAAAAGAUACUUUAAGGGACUUUGAAUCUGAUUAUUUAAAUUUCCAGCAUUUCUUCUGGCUAAUUUUUAACUUUUUCCAGUUUCAAACCUUAAUACCGUAGCUUGAACCUAUUGUCAUUGAAUAAUGCAGUCUGCAAAAACAAAAAGAUGAAACACAGAUAUUUACUUUUAUUAUUUUAAUUCAGUGUGAUUAACUGUGAAAUGUUUAAAGUUUUGUACCAAUCUUGGAGGUUGUUCAGUAUUACUUUCAGUGAAAGAAAUCCUGCUGAGCAAAAUGUUCAAUUACUUGUAUGUAUAUCUAUGAGUUUUCUAAAAAGAAAUAUAUU